AUGGCGUCCGUAAACGACGAUGCGGCCCUGUCGACGGCUGAUGCGCCGCAAACACAUUCGCUAGAACCGAAACCCUCUCUAUUUGUACUCCAAUCCGCACACGAGAAGGGCCUGACGUAUGAUAUAUCCGACGCUGAAGAUGUGCGAUCGUUCGAUACCCCCGACGCCGACCUGCCUCCACUACCUGCCGACGAUGAAGACAGCUUCCUCCAGCCCGACAACGUUGGAGUCAGCCAGAUCCAAGGCGACGAUAGCGCAAUCAUGGAGCGCCGACUUAUGGACAUGGAGUCCAGCUUUCUCAUUGAGCCCGAAGCAUCAAUCACCGCAGACGCUCCAACUCGCGCAGCAGCUGGCGCGGACGACACUUACCUGUUUGGUGGCUCUCCUGGGCACUCGCGACCAACGUCCAAAGCAGGCGAAGUCGAGAAGAAGGCGGAACCACCGACUCCAUUCCACGACUCUCACGAGGGCGACUCAUCCAUCCUAUCAAACGAGCCACCAACGCCUGCAGGCGCUUACAAGACACCAGCAGUACGACGGUCGGAUAUCACCGACGACUCAAUAGACUCUGGCAUCUCCACAUCCGACGUUAUGCCUUCGUCGCCGUCUGCUGACGCUGCAAGGCGACGCAAUAAGUCAUCGGAAAGGACAAACGAGGAACAAUCCGAGCAAGAUAUUUCGGUCUUACCCGAAUUGCCCGAAUUGCGACCCCCAAGAGAACACGACGAUGCCCACCGACCAACUUCGAGUGCCUCUACGGUGAAGGCACCACCGGACUUUACCGCUACCACUGGUGAAGAUGAAGAUUCUUCAUUCACGGAAGACCAUGAAUUCAGUAUGGAGAACGUGCAGUCGUCUAUAUCGCAAGCCCCGACCACUGCUUUGAAAGUCGGAAAGCGGCCGAGCUUCUUGUCAACACGCACUUCUAGCCAGCGAUCAUCGCUGUCUUCCCUAACCAAUCUUUCCAACAUUUCUGGGGACAAUGGUAGUACCGUCAGUCUCGGGGCAGACUAUGCUCUACAAUCAGGCGGCUCAGCACCACGCUCUUCCGGCCCGCGCAACAUCGAACUUUCAAGAUUACCAAGUCUUGGGAGUAUUGCAUCUUCAAUGUCUGGGUAUAGUGACACCAACCCCUGGGAUAAGAUGCGAAGCAUCAGUUCAAAUUCCCUCUCUGGACUUCUACACCAGGACACCAGCUUAGGACCAUUGGAGGAAGAGGCGCCUGGUUCCACAACCCCUCCAGAGACCCCACGUGCUCCAAACGUAAAGAUAGUUCCUCCUACCGAUACGGUCAUCGCUAGGCAUGUUCAAGGCAUCCAAGUCCCGGAUACUGUCGCGCGCGAAUUUCGACAAAAACAUGGCGAUUCGCCGAAAAAACGACACAUGGCGACUCCUUACACUCGAAACAAGCAUAAUUUGACACUCAAAGAACAAAACAGUAAGAUUGACAAGUUGAGCAAAGAGAAUUUCGACCUCAAGCUCAAGAUUCAUUUCCUUGACCAGGCGCUCCAAAACAGGUCCGAUGAGAAUGUGCAGGAAACGAUCAAUAAGAACGUACAGCUGCAAACGGACCUUGCGAAUGAGAAGAAAGAAAAUCAGUCACUGCGCAAGAGACUCCGCGAUCUGGAGAGGAGACUGAAAGCACAUGAUGAUGGGGUGACGACCAAAGAGCCAACUAGUGGGGAUGAGGAGGAUAGGAGUGACGGCGAUCUGUCAAGAUCUGCGCUCGAAGAAGAAAUUGAGUUCCUGCGAGAGCGCCUGGAGACAACAGAAACGACUAUAGAACAAUGGAGAGAAGAAGCGUUGCAAAAGGAGGCCGACAACAGACGCAUGGCCGACUACAUCAGAACCAUGAACGAAAAGGGUGCCUCGGAUGAUUCGGCCGGUGUCACCGAGGCCAUGAACAUGUGGAAGGAAGAUUUCGAAAACGAACGAGCGCGGCGCGAGCAAGCGGAAAGUCGAUACGCGCAGGCAGAAGCUGAGCGCGAUCAGCUUUUGAAAGAAGUGCAGCGCCUCCGUGAAGACCAAUUUCCGCAACAACAGCAACACUCUACGACCAACAACCACAUCAGACACGUGUAUAGCAAUCGACACCUACGUACAACAAUAACCACCCGCUCGAAUGCCGGAUCAGAUGUCAACGAACAACAGGCUAUUUCCUCUAUGGGUGGCAGUAGCGGUACGUUGGUGGAGCAUUUACAGGUUGACAACGAGAAGCUACAGCGUGACCUUCACGCUCAAGCAUCGAUGCUCACUUCUCGUAACCGGGAAAACCAGAGAUUACGAGAGGAGAACGAAGGUCUCAAACUCACCAUUCGAAGAGGCGACGUUCAUUCCAUUGCGGGCGACAGCAUUCUAGAACGCUCAAUUUCCCGCAAUCAUCAACGGUCUGUUUCACGAGGUAGUAGAGACACGCGUGUUACUCAAAUUAGCGACCCUGCACGUGAUCAAGAACGCGACGACCUUGAAGCCAAAUGCGCGUCUCUCCGCGAUGAACUUUCCCAGACGAAGCUUCAGUACAAAGAGCUUGAUGACCAGCUUAUCGGACAUCUUGACCUUCUCGAGCAGACCGAAGUCAAGGUGCAAGAACUCCAAAGAGAGCUCGAUGCUUCUACUGAAGACUUGCAAGCGCUGUCGAACGAACGAGAUGAGAUUCUUCAAGGUCUAGAAGAGAAGGAACAGGAAUGUGAAGACGUCAGGCAACAGGCGCUAUCGACAAUCCAAAGGCUCGAAGCAGAGAUCGAGCAAAAGGAGCAAGAGUGCAAUCGUCUCCUUAUCGAGCUUGAGAACAUCACCGAAGAUUUCAAUGCAUUGCAGCAGGAGAUGAAGAGUGUCAGUGAGAGUCUAGUGCAACUUGAGGACGACCGGGACGCCAGCAUGCGCAAGAUUCAGCAGCUGGAGUCUGAGCUUGAAGACGCGAAUCAGGAGCUGGUCAGGCAAGACAAACUUCUUGCGGACGAGAAAGCCAAAAAUGAGAAGCUCGACAUACAGCUUGAAUCCUGUCAAGGCGAGAUUGAUUUCCUUCGCGAAGAACAGGAGGGCGAUAAGAUCAAGAUUGGCGAGCUUGAAUCGAUGCUCAACGCAGCACAGAUCACGAAUCAAGAUGAGAAGGAACGAUAUCGUGAAUUGGAAGAGCACAUCGCCGAAGAAAGACGUCAACGUGAGGUCUUGGAGACUCAAGAGAAACAAGAGGUUGACAAGGUCGUUACCGAAUUGAACACACAGCUAGCGAAGCUGAAGGACGAGAACAGAAAACUUCGCAAGAGUCUUUCGGGUAAAGAAGUCGAAGCAGCUCAAUGGAAGCAGCGGCUAGACGAGCUUGAGGGCAAUCUCCGCGAUGCCCUAGGUAACCUCAACGGUACCAGGGCUAGCUUGUUGAAGGUAAGUGUCGCCUCCAUAACGGCUCGGUUCAAUUCUAACAGCGAGGUGCAGGACGUCCAGAAACUACAGCGUGACUUUGAAGCCACUCAGCAAGAAUUGGAUAAUUCAAGGCAAGAUCUCGCAGAAAAAGACAGGCUUCUUCGCAACCGGGAUGCGCUACUGGAAAGCACCGGCCUGGAAAGUCGCCGCUUGUCUGAUAUGCUCGAGAAGGAGCGACAAGCCCGCCGACAGGACCAGACCUCUUUCGAGAACGCCAAACGCGGGCAUCAGUCCGUUACUAGGAGCAUUCAACAACACGAGACGAGGGUGCUAGAACUUGAGACGCUCCGUAGCCAGGACCGACAGAAACUACACAACUUGGAGAAGAAGUAUCGCGACGAGCUUCUGGAGCGGAACAACUUGCUUUACGCUCUCUGGAAUCGCCUUUCAACUCUGUGUGGUGGGGAGUGGGCGCGCAACCACAGCCUCGUUAAUGGCGAGUUGCCGUCCAUGGAGGUCAUAUCCAAAAACAUCCAAGGAUUCAACAAGAACAUUAUUCUCGCAGUAAAGUACGUCGAAGGCAUCAUCGGCGGCUUCCGCCAGCGAAUACGCAGCCUAGAGAAGGAUCUUAUUCGCGACUACCAAACACUCGAGCAUACCCUCGAUGUUAGGAUAAAACGUCUCGACCAGGUCGAAAAGCUAGUACGCGCACAACGGGACUCCAUCGGCCGACCGAGCACCGUCCGCGGCGGCAUUGUCGAACUCAACACGCAGGAGCUUAACAAGCUCCGGCAGGAGAACAAGACCCUCCGUACAGAGGUGCAGACCCUCCGCGCCAUUCAGGUGACAACCCAAGUCUCACCAGGAGGCUCCCGCGCCGGCUCCCCCAGCUCCAAGCGCGCCAGUGUGGCAGCAACGCUACUUCGCCACCACUCCACAUCCGCCGUCGAAGGCAUUCAAACCCAGUCGCCAGAUCAUCCGUAUCCGCAAGCCGGGCCUCUGCAACACAAUGAGCAGAAAUGGAUUCACAGGCUUAAGGAGCUGGAGCGGCGACUGAAGGCUGAGCGUGAGGCGAGGCUGUUGGAUCGCAGCGGUGCGAGGAAAAGACUCGAGCAGAAGGUCGAGGAGAACGCUGAAUUGCGGGGUAUGCUUGAGAGGGAGCGCGAGCGAAGUGGGAGCAUUGUUCAGUCUGUGGCGGGUAGCCUGGCGGGCAGCCGGAGCGCCAGUCAGACUGGAUGGAGCAGGAAUCACUGGAGCAGGACCGGCGUCUUCAGUAUGUUGUAG